CGACGCCGACUGCUUUACAAUUGAUAAGGUGACGCCGUCGAAAGAAACUAUUCCGCUUCGUUGUCUGCAUCGUAGGAGGAAAGAAAAAGUGGAAUUAGACACAAGCCAUGGAAACAACAGGUGACCAAUUAAUAUUGGCCACCGGUGGCUAUGAUCACACAAUAAAGCUUUGGCAAGCUCAUACCGGCAAUUGCAUACAGUCCCUGAAGUUUGUGGAGACGUCGCAAGUCAACGCCCUGGAUCGUACACCGGAUAAAAACCGUUUGGCUGCAUGUGGCUAUCAGUGCAUACGUCUGUAUGAUCUGAAAACAAAUAUGACAGUCAUCAAUUUCGAGAGUGUUCAGAAAAAUGUUACUCGACUGGGCUUUCAGGAGGAUGGUAAAUGGAUGUUCACCGCCGGCGAGGAUCAUCGGGUGCGCAUAUGGGAUAUGUUAUCCGAUUCGCCACAUUGUUCUCGUGUCUUUGAUUGUCAGGCACCGGUAAAUGCCGCCUGUCUGCAUCCCAACCAGGUGGAAAUUGCCAUGGGGGCACAAAACGGUGGUGUCUAUCUGUGGGAUGUCAAGUCGGAAGUUCACGAACAGCUUAUACCCGAAGUAGAUGCCUCCAUACAAGAUGUUGCCAUAUCUCCCGAUGGUCUGUAUAUGGCCGCGGUCAAUAAUAAAGGCAAUUGUUAUAUUUGGUCCUUAAGUUCCUCGCCAAAUCAAAAACUCAGUACACUACAACCGAAAUUGAAAAUUGCUGCCCACAAACGUUAUGUGCUGAGAUGUAAAUUUUCACCCGAUUCUCGUCUGCUUGUAACUACCUCUGGCGAUGGCACUGCGCGCGUCUGGAAAACCGACGAUUUCACAAUGUGGCGUGAAUUGUCCAUAGAAAAUUCCUGGGUAUGGGAUGCUGCUUUUAGUGCCGAUUCGAAAUAUCUGUUUACCGCCUCCAGUGAUGCCAUUGCCCGUCUAUGGAAGUUGGAAACGAAAAAUCCUGAACGCAAAUACACCGGUCAUACCAAAGCCAUAACGGCACUCUCGUUUAAAGAUGAAAUUGUAACGGAAUAACAUCCAGCAUUGACGCGGAAAGAGUUUAAAUCUUCGCCCGGUGAAAAUUGUAUAACAAUAACAAGUCCUUGGUUUUGUGCGGGAUUUUGUCGUAAAAUGUCAAUAUAGUAUUAUAUUGAAUGGAGGAUGAUUUCAAUGACCACACAUAACCAACCAAUCAACCAACUACAGACACACACCCACACACACAUUCAUAAUAUAUAUAGUUUUCCUGAUUUAUUUUUUGUGUCGUUUAUUAAGAUUUUUCUAAGGAUACUACCUACUAUACAUGAUUGAUAUACAUAUAAUACGUAUUUAUUUAAGGUGCAACGCGGUUUUUUAUAAGUGAUACAUAAGAAACAAAAAUGUAUGCAAUUGAAAACAAGAGAAACAAAAACAACCAACAUUAACAAAAAAAAAGAAAAUACAAUUUAUGUCUUAACGUAAAUGGAAAA